AUGGAGCUCAACAUCCCUCACAACGUUGGAGUGAUGAGCUUUGGCACAUUUGGAGGCGGUGGCAUCGGGAACACCAAGCUGGGAGAUCGGUAUGAGGGCGAUUUUGAGUCUGGCUGGGCGCAUGGCAUGGGCCAGUACACAGCCGCGGAUGGCCACAUCUAUCGUGGCGAGUAUUCCAUCGGCCGGCGCCAAGGGUGUGGCAUAGAGCAGGACAUCAACCCCUACCUCAAGCGUGUGAUGGCUGGGGAGGAUCCGGUGGAGGCGUGGCAGCAGACGGCCCCCGGCAUCAUCUCCAAUGCCCGCCUGGGAACCUGGGUGAAUGACUACUUCCGCUCCGGCCCGGACCCCGAGGGCCGGUACUGCUCGCUGGAGGAGAUCAUGGGGACCGUGCAGGAGGUCCGCGGCGUGGUGGCCAAGGCCCGCAUGUUCCAGCACAAGCCGGACGGGGAGGUGACCGUGCGCAUGAUGCAGGACGCGGAGGGGAAGCCGCUGCCGCUGAUGCAGGACCCGCUGCACUACCCGCACGCCACCGGCUUCCUGGCCCCCGGCCCCAUGGGCCAGUGCUUUGCCAUCCCGGCGUCCCCCCUCCUGCGCCGCCAGAUGGCCCAGGCCCAGCGCAACGCGCGCCGCGUGUGGGACCGGUACAACCUGGACUACGACUUCGUCCCCGGCACGCCCCUGGCCCGCGGCUUCCCGCUCUGGAAGCAGAAGCGUGUGCACUACGAGGUGGCCGACGCGCUGGAGGCGCGGCACGAGCGCCAGAGCCCAGCGCCAACCAGGGCUGGUUCGCACGCCUCGGUACCAGUUGCGGGGGGGGGUAUUGGGUAG